UAUGAGCCUGCAUGAAAGUGCAUUUUUAUAUUUACUGCAUUUGGUAGACACCCUUUCAUCUCUUUUUAUACCAAUGAGUGAGUGAAGGUUACGGACCUUGCUUAAGGGCCCAGCAGCCGCAGCUUAAUGGACCUUUGAUUCAAUCUUGCAACCUUGUGAUCAGUAGUCCAACAUGUUAAAAUAAUGAAUUUUAUUAAGCAAGGUGGCCAGUUAUCAGAGUAAAGUGAAAUAAAUAUUCUUAAUACAGGCAAGACACAGCAAAUACAAUAAGCUGAUGCUUACUGAGUUUCCUCAAUAUUACAUGGCAUAACAUUUGUGGUACUUUGUUUCUUUUACAAUUAAUUCAAUAAUUUUUUUUUGUUUGUUUUAAUCUGAACGUAUUCAGAGUGCAUGAAAUAAUUCCGACCGCAUUUAGGCAAUGAAGAACAAUUAAAAUGUCGCAAACUUUAAGCAGUAAAGAAAGAAUCGGUUCUUAUUGGUGAGCUGAGUCAAAUGGGGAACCGACUCGCCGUUUGAAAAGUUUCGAACGUUUUGAAAGCUUACAAGAUUCCGCCUCUCGGUCACCUCCCUGUUCUCUCCAUUCAAGCCCAACGCAAUCAGGGUCAGCCCCUUUCCAGGACUUGUUCCUCUUUUCGUAUUUUUACAGUCAAUUCCGAGUCACGAGGAGUUUAGUUGUUUUGUUCGGUUCCUGUCUUUGCCAAAACACAACCAAAUCGUCACGUCACGAUUACAGGGCGCCCCAGAAUUAUUGGAACUUUAUAAAAAUAAGCAAAGAUUGUGCAAACGUAUGUUCUCUCAAGCUCAAACAUCUUGUACACUUUUUAAAGAAUUAUUGGUAUGGGCACCGUUGCAAACUGGACAUUGCGACUCAUCCUUCUUUGCAUUUUUUUAACAUGUCCCAUCCUAUGCCGUCCAAUGUUGCUGUCCAAGUUUCCAUUCUUCACAGUAUGGAAUGCCCCUACUAAAAAAUGUGCAUCUCAAUAUGGAGUUGAUCUGGACUUGAGCAUGUUUGAUAUCAUCCACAACGUGAACGAGAGCUUUAUUGGCAGUAUGAUGACCAUCUUCUACUCGGACAAACUGGGUAACUAUCCUCACUACAAUACAACCACAAAUGAAUCUGUAUUUGGAGGCGUGCCCCAGAACUACAGCCUGAGUAAACACCUCUCUCAAGCCUUUGUCGAUCUGCAAAAGUACAUUCCAGAUAAAGACUUCAGUGGCCUAGCCGUAGUGGACUGGGAGAGCUGGAGACCACUGUGGGACCGCAACUGGAAUAGCAUGGUGAUAUACCAAGAAGGCUCUAGAAAAAUAGUGAGGGAUAAACACCCUGACUGGAAACCAAAGCAGAUUGAACCUAUGGCCAAGAAAGACUUUGAAAGUGCAGCACGCGAUUUCAUGGAGCAAACAAUAAAGCUGGGACAGAAUGAGCGACCAGGGGGGCUGUGGGGUUUCUAUGGCUUUCCAUGCUGCUACAACUACCAGUACAAAAAAAAUGAGACAUACACAGGGAAGUGUCCACCAUUAGACAUGCAGAGGAACAACAAUUUAUCUUGGUUGUGGAAUGUAAGCACAGCUCUGUACCCUGAUAUUUACAUGGAUCUGUGCCUCAAGGGUCGUGACAGAGACAUUCUACUUUACGCGCAAAAUCGAAUAAAGGAAGCUAUGAGAGUGAGAGACCUCGUCUCCCCUGUUAAACCAGUUGUCAUCCCAUACACCCGUAUCGUCUAUACCUACUCAAUGACAUUCCUCUCACAGGAGGAUCUGGUUCAUACCAUUGGAGAGAGUGUUGCGUUAGGAGCAGCAGGAGCUGUGCUAUGGGGAGAUGCUCUCUACUCCUCAAACAAGAACACAUGCCUAGCUGUGAAGAAUUACAUCGAUGAGACGCUAGGCCGAUAUUUGGUAAACGUGACUGAAGCGGCGCUUCUCUGUAGCAAGGCACUGUGUUUUUCCAAUGGCCGAUGUGUGCGGAGAGACCCAGCUUCUUCAGCCUACCUCCAUCUUGACCGAGCAGUAUGGACCAUCAUUCCCAGAGCUGAGCUUCCUGAACAGAACCAUAAAAGUCCUUCAUAUGUGAUAAAAAUGAACAAUAAGGCAGAGGGCUAUCAUUUUCCAAAACUAUUUAAGUGCCAGUGUUACCCAGGUUGGGAGGGUGAACACUGUGAGAAACAGAUUGCUCCUAAGUCUAGACAGAGAAAUGAUAUAACUGUAGACUGGACUAAGUUGUAGUCUGAGCAGUGCUGGCACAUCCUGUAAAAACAGACACUCUGGCCAAAUUAUCGUAAAUAUCUAUAAAAUUUUAAACAAAAUCUGAAAAAAAUGUUUAAAAUGAACCUUUUGAAAUUAGCAUGAUUGCUUUUUACCUGCUAUAUUUACUUUACAGUUGAAGUCUACAACACAGGUUUAAUACAUUUUUGAGAAUGCUGCUAUUUUAAACCUUGAAUCAAGUAAGUUAUUUAAAAGGUCUAGAAAAAAAUUAAGCAACCCAUAUUGUCUGUUGUGGACUAAACACAACACAGCAUUUAUGGACACGGUGUUUGCAAUUGUAAACAUUAGAAAUCAAUUGAAUAAAUAAUAUUUGUUUUCAAUAACACUUGUCUGUUGUAGGUAGAUAGAUAGAAUGUUGACAUGGCGCAGAUUUUUGACCACCCUCUUCUGGGGAUUUCUUGUACUACAAUUGCCAAACAUGUCUGAGGCUAUAAUCUCGGCUUGCCACUAGAUAGCAGUAAAGGUACAUCAAAACUGUGUGUAGGCACUCGCACAUACAUGCCUUGCUGUGUCUACAAUUUUAUAGCUAGGCAUUAACUAAGAUCUGUGAUCAGAUAGAUAAAUACUUUUGAUCAGGAGUUGAGUUGUGAGAUGUGUGUAGUGUAGGCAUCAAAGUUGUGGACUGCUGAAAGAAACUGGUGUCAUGGAUGAAUGAAUAUUAAAAGUUAGGUACUGAUGGACAAUUACUUAUAUGGUUAUACUGUUCAAGUUAGUAUGGACCCACAAGACCUUUAUGUGGGUUUCUGUCUCUUUUAUUUGUUCACUAUUGUUAUUGUUCAUAAAUCAUACCAGGAUCUUCAACAGUAAAUGUAUACAAUUUAUUUGUAAUACUGAUAUUUAUAUUUUAUUGACCUGCAAAUACGAACUGAAUGGCUGCAAAUUAAACUGAUGUACUGUACAAUUUCCCAGCAUUCUUGUUUGCUUCCAAACAAUCAGAAAUAAAUACUGAUUGGCCAUUUGAUCAAAA